AAAACCGACCAGAUCGCCCACUAUUUCUCCCCUCCAAUGCCGAAACCGUCUCCCCCUCCCGCCCCCGCUCCCGCUUCGCGCCAAUUCCAGCCGCCAACCCACCGCCGGCGGCCGCGGCCAUGGACAUGUCGGCGAUCGCCGCCCGCCUCGGCCUCUCCGGGUCCCGCCCCGUCGUGCGCAAGGCCGCCGAGCUCCGCCGCCUCUGCGACAUCAACUUCGACUCCUCCGUCCUCGGCAUCGUAAGCCUCCCGCACCGCCCCUUCAACCACUUCUCCUCCCUCGAUCUCUCUGGUGUACGUGUCUCUGAUGCUGGUUUCGCGCAGGGGGAGGUGUGCAAGGCCAUCAUCUGCCUCGAGAUCGCCGCGACCAAGUUUCAGGUGAUAUUUGAUCGGUCAGAGGCGGUGCGGAUGAGUGGGAUGUCGGAGAAGGCAUACAUCAGAUCAUUCAACGCGCUGCAGAAUGGGCUUGGCGUCAAGACGACAUUGGAUGUGCGUGAAUUGGGCAUCCAGUUCGGCUGUGUCAGGUUGAUACCUUUUGUGCAGAAGGGAUUGGCGCUGUACAAAGAACGUUUCCUGGCUGCAUUGCCUCCUUCUCGCCGCUCAAGCACGGACUUUGGUCGGCCAGUGUUUACUGCAGCAGCAUUCUAUUUAUGUGCAAAGAGGCAUAAGCUCAAAGUUGACAAACUGAAGCUAAUUGACCUGUGUGGUACAUCUAGCUCCGAAUUUACAACGGUUUCGACAUCUAUGGGAGACCUUUGUUUUGAUGUUUUUGGGAUAGCCAAGGAGAAGAAGGAUCCAACCUCUAUCAAAGGGAAUAGAGAGCUGCUGGAUGUUUUGCCUAGCAAAAGGAAACACGAGGAUGACAGCGAUCAUUCUGAUGAAUCAUCUGGGGAUGACAAUGAUGACGAGCUAGAUCUACCAACCCACAAAAGGCACAAGAAGAUGGAGAAACAAGCGUACAAUCAGUGGAAGUCCUCAGUUAUCUCCACCAACAAGCAAACCAAACCAGAUCCUACGAAGCCCAGGAAGCAAGCUCAGCUGAACUUCAAGAAGAAACUGCCCUUGGAAGUGCCCCCACCGGCUAACUAACUUAACCUGAGACCUCUACUUUCAGGAAUGGAAUAGCUGAAAGCCCGAGACUCGUCGGAAGUGUUGUGUGCAAUCAUACUAGUAGAACCUACUUGAUGCAAAAAGGGCACUUCUGGCUCCGUCCCUCGUCUUUUUUGAUAUGUUUUGUAAGGCGCUGCUGACAUGGUACAAAGUGUUAUACAAUCAGGGGAUACUCUUCUGUAAACGGCGGUGGCAUCAUGCUUGUU